AUGCUUGCGUCUGCUGAUACAACUGUUGAUAAUAAUUCAAGGAUUCAAUCAGAACACAGAGCAAGUAAAAGACUACUGUCUUGUAUUCAAUUUUUCAUUAAACGACUAAUUGCACGUAAACCAAUGAUAAUAUUACAAGCUGAAAUUGAUACACAGAAUGAAUUGAAACGUGAUCUAAGUGCUGGGAUAUUUGUGUUAAGUGGACAAGCUGCUGCCAAAUAUUCUGGUCCAUCAGUCAUCAUUUCAUUUGUUAUAACAGGGGUUAUUGCAUUAUUGGCAUCUUUAUCAUAUUCAGAAUUAGGAGCAAUGAUGCCUAGUUCUGGAUCAGUUUACACCUAUACUUAUGCAGCCUUGGGAGAAUAUUGGGCAUGGUUUAUUGGAUGGAAUUCUGCACUGCUUUAUCUAUUCGCCGUUUUGACAGUGACAGUUGCUUGGAGCAAGCAUGUCGUUCUAUUUGUUGAUCUUGUGUCUGAUUACAAUGUAACAAGCAUGAUUGUCCAAGCACCAGUUGGUUGGGACGAAGACGCCGAACAUUUUUAUUUGACCGGUCAAGCGAUAAAUAUACCUGCUAUUGGGAUUACUAUCGCUAUUACAAUUCUUCUUCUUAUUCGAACUCGUCAAAUGGCUAUAUUCAAUCUUGUGUUGGUUGUAUUUAAAAUUAUUGUACUCUUAAUAUUCAUUUUUGCAUGUUGUAAUUAUGUCAAUCGCAAUAAUUAUAAUCCAUUUUUUCCCCCUAAUAAGGGUUCGUUUAGUAAAUAUGGAGUAACAGGCAUGCUGCAAUCAUGUACUUAUGUUUUCUUUGCAUAUGUUGGUUUUGAUUCAGUUUCAACAGUAGCACAAGAAGCAAAGUCACCACAGAGAUCGCUUCCAAUUGCUAUUAUCGGGUCAACAGUUGUUUCAUUACUACUUUAUAUUGGAAUAUGUACUGUGAUGGUUGGACUCGUUCCAUAUAGUUCAUUAAACACAGAUAGUCCUCUUUCCGAUGCAAUAAGAGCUACACCUUAUGGUCUUUGGUUAUCAAUUCUUAUGGAGUUGGGUGCUAUCGCUAGUCUUACAACAGUAGCAUUGACGGUAAUGCUCUCACAGACUCGGAUAUUUUAUGCAAUGGCUCAUGAUGGUUUACUACCACCAGUCUUUGCUAAAAUUCUUAAGACUACAGCAACUCCUUGGAUUUCGAUACUAAUUAGCGGUGUAUUUUGUGCUGUUUUUUCGGGUAUCUGUCCAGUAGAUAUUCUUGGUGAAACAACUUCAAUUAGCGCCCUAAUAUCAUAUAUAUUCGUACAUAUUACGGUCAUAGUCAUGCGAUAUAGUCAUAGAGAUAUGCCACGAACUUUUGAAGUACCAUUUGGUUCAUGGCUAAUUCCAACUAUAGGUUCUUUACUUUGUAUACUUCUUAUGAAAAGUGUAACAAAAACAACAGGUUAUCGAUUCCUUGUAUGGACAGCAUUAGGUCAAAUUAUUUAUUUUUCUUAUGGUUUUUGGCAUUCUAAACGACGAAAUUUAAUGCAAAGUGAAUUUAUUGCGAAUACGAUCGGCCUUGUACCAGUAGCAGAAAGUAUUACGGAAAGAUGCCCUCAAAAUGGAUCUGGAUCGGAUUUAGUCAGUAAAAAUACGGAAAGUGAAGCAUAA